CUGCGAGCUAUCUCCGUCCUCCUGUUAAUGUUUACAAGGCAGGUACGGCGGCGUCGCUAUCUGUCCAAAGACCAGAUCCCUCCCAGCUCUCCCCAGGAUCCUUCUUCCUGCUGGCUGGGCAGGGCCGCAAGACGGUCGCAGGGAGGAAAAACCCGGCUCCCCGCUGCCUUCGUAACACUGUCAUCGGCCCCGCUUUCCUUCCCGCCAUCUCCGGCUCCACUUCCCCGCUCGCGGGCGCAGAUGAGUAAUGCCACACGUGCCUUGCCCUCUCCCACGGCACCUGGCACCCUGGGGCCCAGCACGGUGGCCAGGCUGGCCUCAGCCCCCCCAUCCCUGGCCCUUGCCCUGCUCACGGCUGCCCACAACGACUCCCAGGAUGGCCAGCAGCUUUUCCUGACCACGACAGCAGCGCAGGUCAUCUCCAGCAUCUUUGUGUGGUCGGCACUCAUCGUCACCUUCCACCAGAUCUACACACACCUGAGGAAUUACACCGUCCCCAAGGAGCAGCGCUACAUCAUCCGCAUCCUCUUCAUCGUGCCCAUCUAUGCCUUCGACUCCUGGCUCAGCCUCCUCCUCCUCGGCAGCCACCAGUACUAUGUCUACUUCGACUCAGUGCGCGACUGCUAUGAAGCUUUCGUGAUUUACAGCUUCCUGAGCCUCUGCUUCGAGUACCUCGGAGGGGAGAGCACCAUCAUGACAGAGAUCCGAGGGAAGCCCAUUGCGUCCAGCUGCUUUUAUGGGACCUGCUGCCUUCAGGGUAUGUCCUACUCCAUCGGGUUCCUGCGCUUCUGCAAGCAGGCCACGCUGCAGUUCUGCAUCGUGAAACCCCUCAUGGCGAUCGUCACCAUCAUCCUGCAGGCGUUCGGGAAGUACCACGACGGGGACUUCAACGUCCAAAGCGGCUACCUCUACAUCACCAUCAUCUACAACUUCUCCGUCAGCCUGGCACUUUACGCCCUUUUCCUCUUCUACUUCGCCACCAUGGACCUGCUGCGCCCAUUUGAGCCAGUCCUCAAGUUCAUCACCAUCAAGGCAGUCAUCUUCCUCUCCUUCUGGCAAGGGACGCUGCUUGCAAUCCUGGAGAAAUGUGGGGUGAUCCCUGAAGUUCAGAUCAUCGAUGGGAAGGAGGUGGGAGCUGGGACGGUGGCUGCUGGCUACCAGAACUUCAUCAUCUGCAUUGAGAUGCUCUUUGCUUCCAUUGCCCUGCGCUAUGCAUUCACCUGCCAGGUGUACAGAGAAAAGAAAGAAAACUCAACAGCAAACCUUGCCCCAAUGCAGAGCAUCUCGAGUGGGCUGAAGGAGACCAUAAGCCCCCAGGACAUCGUGCAGGAUGCGAUCCACAACUUCUCACCCACGUACCAGCAGUACACCCAGCAGUCAAUGCAGGAGGCAGAGCGCAAAGCGCCGGGGGAGAACGGGCACGUGGCCUCCAAGGUGGAGGGACCGAGCAGCAGAAAGAGCAAAAACAUUGAGAAGAGAGUGCUGAUCCUGUCGGACGAGGAGCUGUAGGAGGUGUCAGAGGGGACAGUGACACUGGAGAGGUUUAAACUCAUGCAAAUGGGAGCUGUCUCGAGCCUGAGACAACCUGGUCUAAUCAGAGUACCGAGAUGCCAGGAGCUCUACCCAAAAAGCCAGUCUCUCGAAGAGAAGAUGCAAUAACCCAGGGAAAGGUUAAAUCAAAUAGUGCCAGCUUCUGCUGUCCCAUCUCUACUGGUGUUAGGGACUGGGCUGUCUUUUCUCCUGCAACUAAGCAGCCCUGCGUUGCGGUCUGGGCUUUGGCCCCCCCACUGCUGGUGCCUUGAUGCCAGCUCUGUGCCCACACUGGGGGAUGCCAGGCAGGGAGGGGAGCUGGGCUGCAGGACGGACCAGCCGCCCUCGCCCUCCUCUUACCUCCAAGCAGCGCUGAGGCCUGAGAGAAAUGCUUUUCUCAGCACGGUUCUGCUCUAGUUUCUCCCAGUUUGAGUAAAAAAUGAUCUCCAAGGGCCCCGUGGAGAAAACCAGCCCAGGAAGGUGACUUCACUUCACCUCAAAACCCGGUAACGGUUGAAAGACGUCAUUCCUUAUUUUUACAUCUUUUUGCCUCUCCUUCUCCCAGAAAAGCCUAUGGAGUUGUGCAGAAGACCUUUACCAGGGAGGAAGAGUAAGUCAUCCUCUUCUCCCUCCAGAUGGGGAUGCAGCUGUCCAAGCAACUCCCCCAGGAGCAGCAGCAGGACCUCAGAUGGGGCUAACGCAGGGUCUCGCAGCUGCAUUUCUGAGAGCGGUCAGUGACAGAAGCACUUGUUUAUGUCUAAACCAGCUUAUCUCUGAAUGGAUCAGAAGUUAAAAGAGAUUCCAGCUUCCUUAUCAGAGUCUUUAUUAGGGAACCAGACUGUGACUGGUGGUGGUAGGAAUGUGCUUACUGGGAACUGUCUGUUCCUCCUAACCCUUCGCUAUUUACCGUCCCUGGGCUUUGCCCAACCUGUGGGAAGGCAGGCGGGAGCUGAGCCUGGCGGGUGACGGUGGCGGGGAUAGAGAGAUGCUGGGGGAUGCUGCUGCUUGGGGCAGGACCGCUGGCGGGGGAAGAUACUGCAUGGAGGGAUUCUCCUCAUAUCAGUGAUGGAGAGCGCGCAUCCUUCUGUUAAACUUUCUGGGUUUUUUUUCCCCAAUUUUUAGUCCAAUUUCUAUUCCCUUGUUAAUCAGAUGAUCCCUGGGAACUUACUUAGGCACUGGCUGGGCUGUUGUUUGGGGGUGGGAGCUGGGUAGCGAAAGGAUGAAGGCAAGUCUACAGCCUCAGAUUUGCAGUCGCGUGGCAAACAACCCAAUGGGUAAGGCUUAGAGCCAUUUUACACACAACUCCUACCAGGUGUUUUUUUUCCCUGCUCUUAAGCUGCAAAAUGUAAAUCACUACAUGAAAUUAUUUUAUUUAUGAAUUUUUUUCUAAUAAACAGCAAUUUCUA